GUCCCGCACAUAAAUGGAGGUGAAUUUCCAAUAAAAAAACCCAGAAACAAAUUAAGCGCAUCACGAAAAACAUCAACUCAAAAAAGGGAGAAGAGCACGACUCUCUUAUUCAAAAUGAUUUACGGAGUCUUUUUCGUGUUACUUUGGACUUUUGCUCACGCAGCUGUCAGUCUUGACUUGGAAGAAAAAUUCCAUCAACUCAAUGAAAAUUAUGAUAAAGUUCUAGCUGAAUUGAAGGAAAAGGAUCAACAAUAUAAAGCAUUAACGGCCAAAGUCAAUCAACUGGAAACCAAAUUACAACAGCAAGAAUCGUUAACAAUGGCCUCGCAAAGCGAACCGAGUGCCGGCCAUAACUCAACCAAAGUCCUUCGCCAGGCGACUGUAAAGGUGCCAACUUCAUGCCUGGAUGUCUACAUCAACGGACAGACGACCAACAUGGCCACACCUUUAAGCGGAAUCUAUUUGAUUAUGGGUCCCAAAUUCGUCGAAACCGUUUUCUGCGACUUUACUAAAUUGACCACCGAUCCCAGCUCCCAGCGAUGGAUCGGAUAUGCCGAUAUCAAAUCAGCCCCCAUCUACUUCUACGUUCAAAGGAACACCCCCUUCACCGCCGCCAACAUUCCGAUCCCGUUUCAAAUUGAGCGCGUUAACAUUGGGGGCGCCAUGGAUUUGCCAUCGGGGAAAUUCACGGCGCCUCGAGACGGAACCUACUUCUUUUCCUUUGCCGGCCUUGCUCUAUUUCAAAAUUCAACGAGUAAAGUUUACUUGAAAAUAGCUCUUUACUCUAAUGGGGCUUAUGUCGGGACGAGCGAGUGCGCAGAGACCAACACCGCUGGCCACUCGAGUACGUUGACACUUCAAUUGACGCUGAAUUUGCAAAAGGGAGUUCAAGUUUGGUUGCAGAUCUGGGCUAUCGCAGCAGAAGUUUCACUGUGGGAUUCUCGAUAUAACCACACUCACUUUACCGGAUGGAUUCUACAGGAGGAAAUCGCUAAUAGCCUUUUGUAAAAUCGGGAGUGACGACAGAAUUAUUCAAAUGAAAUCACGAAAAUAUCGAGAAUGAAUUUUACAACCAAUAAGAAUGUCUUUUGUGAGGAAAGAAAUUGGCGAUUUGUUAAAAGAAAAAAAUGUCAGAUAAAAACCAAAUUUUGUGCGUCAUGUAACACUCCAAAAUAAAAUCCCGAUCGGACCAUAUCAUACGAGAUAUUUUAUCCCCAAACACAUAAUUAAAUUUUAAAACGCGCCUACGUGCAUACAGCUGGUAAAAUCCGCAGUAUGCUAUAAAUAAUUAACCUUUGGGCGAUCAUUAUCAAUAAAUAAGCCGCAACGCCGUAUUCAAAUUUUUCAACCCG